CGAUUAUGACCUCCAAUGUGUUCAUCGCUAUUCCGUUUCCUCGCUUCCCUUUGAUGGGAAUAACGUCAUCGAAAUCUUCAGAGCUCAGACUUUGACUCCCAUUCUUACACUGAACUCCGAUCUGAUUCGGAAAGCUAUUCAGCGCCGCCGGCCGAUAUGCUCCCGCCGGAGCUCCAGCCACGGGCCUUCCGCCCCUACAUAUCGUCCUCGGUAAGCGCCCCCUCUUUCCCCUCUUCGUCGUCCUCCUAUAAUGGCGACCAAAACCCCAACCCUAGCCCUGCCGCCUCCAUGUAUUACGGCGGAAGCGCCGGCGGCGGUCGACGCACCAGUUCAUCUAUGAAGAAUUCCAGGUUUUCUCCUUCCAGUUUCGUCCACAACGCCAGAAUUGCUAUCGCGCUGGUGCCCUCGGCUGCUUUUCUCAUUGACCUAGGCGGCGGGCCCGUUGUCGCCACUCUUGUCGUCGGUUUAAUGGUUGCUUACAUCUUCGAUUCUAUGAAUUUCAAAUCCGGCUCCUUCUUUGCCAUAUGGUUUUCUCUACUUGCGGCGCAGAUUACGUUUUUCUUCAGUUCUUCUCUCUUUAACACCUUCAAUUUCGUGUCUCUAGCUCUCACUGCUGCCCUAACUUGUGGACUGACGAAUUUCUUAAUUGGAGUUUGGAUUUCGCUUCAGUUUAAGUGGAUACAAAUCGAGUAUCCCACCAUUGUGCUUGCUCUUGAGCGUGUUCUGUUUGCCUCUGUUCCGAUCAUAGCCUCCACGCUUUUCACCUGGGCAACUGUUUCCGCCGUUGGUAUGAUAAAUGCUGCUUACUAUCUGAUGAUUUUUAACUGCAUUUUCUACUGGCUCUACUCGGUUCCUCGUGUGUCCUCGUUCAAAUUGAAGCAGGAAUUGAGUUACCAUGGUGGUGAGGUUCCUGAUGAUAAUUUCAUUCUUGGUCAGCUCGAGAGUUGUGUGCACACUUUGAAUCUUUUGUUCUCUCCUUUAUUGUUCCACAUUGCAUCACACUAUCUAGUGGCAUUUUCAUCUAGUGCUGCUGUUUGUGAUAUGUUCCUGCUUUUCUUCAUUCCAUUUCUAUUUCAACUUUACGCAUCUACAAGAGGGGCACUGUGGUGGGUUACUAAGAAGGAGCAUGAGCUGAAGAACAUUCGUCUUGUGAAUGGUGCUGUGGCGCUGGUAGUUAUUGUAAUAUGCUUAGAGGUCAGGGUUGUUUUUCAUGCAUUCGGACGGUACAUUCAUGUUCCACCACCUCUGAAUUAUCUGUUAGUCACUGUUACAAUGCUUGGAGGUGCAGUUGCUGCUGGUACUUAUGCUAUUGGUUUGGUAUCUGAUGCAUUCAGCUCACUGGCCUUUACUUCUUUGUCGAUCGUUGUCAGUUCUACUGGAGCAAUUGUCGUUGGAUUCCCUAUCCUGUUCCUCCCACUCCCAGCAGUUGCCGGAUAUUAUUUUGCUCGAUUUUUCACAAAGAAGAGUUUGCCUUCAUACUUUGCUUUUUUUGUUCUCGGUAGCUUAAUGGUGGCAUGGUUUGUCAUGCAUAACUAUUGGGGCUUGAAUAUUUGGAUAGCGGGCAUGCCAUUGAAGUCUUUCUGUAAGCUUAUAGUUGGCAGUAUAAUUCUGGCAAUGGCAAUUCCUGGUGUAGCUGUUCUUCCACCAAAAUUCCGUUUCUUGACUGAAGUUGGAUUAAUCAGUCAUGCAUUGUUACUGUGCCAUAUUGAAAAUAGUUUUUUUAACUAUUCAAAUGUGUAUUAUUAUGGGAUGGAUGACGAAGUAAUGUAUCCAAGUUAUAUGGUUGUGAUGACUACUUUUGCUGGUUUGGCCAUUGUGAGAAGACUAUCUGCAGAUCACAGAGUUGGAUCAAAGGCAGUUUGGGUUCUGAUAUGCCUUUAUUCAGCAAAACUGUCUUUACUUUUUGUGGCAUCAAAGACUGUGUUGUGGGUGGCUGCUGUUCUUUUGCUAGCAGUAUCUCCUCCGCUGCUGCUUUACAGGGAUAAAUCUAAAUCAGCAUCAAAGAUGAAACCUUGGCAGGGUUAUGCCCAUGCAUGCGUUGUUGCUUUAUCUGUUUGGUAUUGCCGUGAAACCAUCUUUGAAGCCCUUCAAUGGUGGAAUGGAAGGUCUCCCUCAGAUGGUUUGGUUUUCGGCUCAUGCAUCCUCUUGAUCGGAUUGGCUUGUAUACCAAUUGUUGCACUUCACUUUCCACAUGUCAUGGCUGCUAAGAGAUACUUGGUAUUGCUUUUAGCAACUGGUCUGCUCUUUGUCCUGAUGCAGCCACCAGUGCCGCUGGCAUGGACUUAUAACUCCGAUUUUAUCAGAUCUGCUCGUCAGUCUACUGAUGAUAUCUCGAUAUAUGGCUUCAUGGCUUCGAAGCCUACGUGGCCAUCAUGGUUGCUUAUCAUAGCCAUCCUGCUCACUCUUGCAGCUGUCACCUCCAUUAUUCCCAUCAAGUACAUAGUUGAGUUGAGGACAUCUUACGCCAUUGCUCUGGGAGUUGCACUUGGAAUUUACAUAUCUGCAGAGUAUUUUCUUCAGGCGGCAAUUCUACAUGCUCUUAUUAUCGUUACCAUGGUCUGCACUUCCGUGUUUGUCGUAUUCACGCAUUUACCUUCAGCCUCCAGCACAAAGCUAUUGCCUUGGGUGUUUGCUCUGAUUGUGGCACUCUUCCCCGUCACAUAUUUACUCGAAGGGCAGGUGAGAAUCAACAAAAAUGUUCUCGGCGAGAUCGAAGAUAUGGCUGAAGAAGACAGCAAGAUUGCGACAUUACUUGCAGUUGAAGGUGCAAGGACAUCUCUUCUCGGUUUGUAUGCAGCCAUCUUCAUGCUAAUAGCCCUCGAGAUUAAGUUCGAGCUGGCUUCACUCAUGCGGGAAAAACACACUGACAGAGGCGGGCUUCGACAUAGCCAGUCCGGAGAAGGCAGUCUGGCUACCGUUCCUCCAAGAUUAAGAUUCAUGAAGCAACGCAGGGCCUCUACAAUGCCGACAUUUACCAUCAAAAGAAUGGCUGCAGAGGGCGCCUGGAUGCCAGCAGUCGGCAACGUUGCCACUGUCAUGUGCUUCGCCAUAUGCCUGAUCUUGAAUUUGCAUCUCACUGGGGGAUCAAACCGGUCGAUCUUUUUCUUGGCACCCAUUCUUUUGCUGCUUAAUCAGGACUCGGAUUUCUUCGCCGGAUUUGGCGAUAAGCAGAGGUACUUCCCGGUCACUAUGGCGAUCUCCGUGUACCUCGCCUUGGCUUCGCUAUACAGCAUCUGGGAAGAAGUGUGGCAUGGAAAUACGGGGUGGGGGGUUGAUAUUGGGGGGCCUGAUUGGAUAUUCGCUGUCAAGAACCUCGCCCUCCUCGUUAUGACAAUCCCGAGCCACAUUUUAUUCAAUCAAUUCGUUUGGAGCUUCACGAAACAGGCGGACUCUAAGCCACUGCUUACUAUACCCCUGAAUCUGCCCCCGGUUAUCGUCACAGAUCUUAUCCAGGUUAAGGUUUUGGGGCUGCUUGGAGUUAUAUAUUCCUUGGCGCAGUAUCUAAUUUCCAGACAACAAUAUCUGUCAGGGUUGAAGUAUAUUUAGAGACGAGGAACAUUAUGCCAAGAAUACCGAAUAUUAACUGAUAAAUAAGAUCUUAAUAGGGAAGGGGAAAUUACUAUCAGCAAAUUUGGAUGAAUCGGAAGCUUCACUUCGUUGGCUGCUUAAAAUUGCCGCCGCCAAUAAUCCAACCGAGGAUAACACUAUCCGUCUCCGGUCAAUCAGCGGC